AUGUUUCCUAAACCAGAGUGCUUAACCUGGCUCACGAUAUAUUUUACACUUUCGUUUGCCACAGCAGCCUUUAAUGCCAUCACAAUUGUUGUCUUUAUAAAACAUCGUAAUCUUCGCAACCGUGGCGCCUACCUGAUCAUAAAUCUGGCUGUUGCUGAUAUGUUGGUGGGAGGUUUUAGCACAUUUGAUCUUUCUUACUUUUAUGGACAGACUUGCAAUAUUUGGAAGUCUAAUUCAGGAAGAAUUUCUUAUCUGUUAAAAUUCGCUAUUAUAUUUCUUUUUCUUGUCUGUUCCUUAGCAAAUGUUACUGCAAUUUCUUUAGAGCGCGUGCACGCAACAUUUUGGCCAUUUAAACAUCGCGUUUUGAAGAAGCGGGUUUACAACGUAAUAAUUGUUGUUAUUUGGAUUAUAGCUGGGAGCAUGUCAUUGGCUUAUAUAACUCUUAUAGAAUUUAACGCGCCGUCGGCAUUUUUUUAUUUAUGGAAUUCGUUUAAUGCGAUCUGUUUGUCGGUGAUCUGUAUCUCUUACGCCUCAAUUUUUGUAAAAGUUCGUUACAGUUCACAGGGUUUACACAGCAACGCUUCUACAAGGGAAAGAAAACUGACUGCCACAUUGUUUACUGUAACAUUUCUAUCUCUCGUUUUGUGGCUUCCUUAUGUUGUGAACAGGCUUCUCCUGGAAGCAUCUAACUUCUCUAUAAUGCCGCCUUUGCGCUUAGACUUCUUUUUGGUUUUUUUAUUUCACACCAACUCUUUCAUUAAUCCUAUAUUAUACCUUAUUAAAAUACCAGGAUUUAGGAGAGCAUUAAUUGCCCUAUUCAAAAUAUGUUGUCCACAGAACAGACAAGUGCAAGUUUUUCCGUACUAA